UUGCUGUUUGUAAAUAAUUGUUAACAGCACGUCGAGUUCGCGAGUGUAAACAAUUUAGCUUAGUUGUUAUGACAACGAGUACACUGCUCUUUUGCCUCAACACUGACCUAUAAGACACUGUGACGUAGCCAAGUACUUAAGCAUUGUUUAAUCAUGUGGAUAUCUAUGUUUUCUUUACUUUUCUCAACAGCGAAAAAGAAAUACAAGCAGUCAAUGUUAUUUUUGUAGAGUCUGCAUUGAAACGUGAAAAAAUGAGGAAUAUAUUAAUUUAAUUAAAAUUGACAUUGCAUGAAGUAUUGAAGGUGAAUUAAAGAUGGCGGAUUUGAGAGUGCUUUUCACGUGUUUAUAUUCAUCAGUACCUCGUCAAGGUAACAUUCGUAAAAGUACAAUUUAUUUAUGGCAAAGGUUAUUUGCUUCGAGUUCAUUGCAAGGUAAAGAAAAUGAAGAAAAAACAUGUGUCAGCAUGUUUGAGUUUUACCGGGAAAAUCCGACAUAUUUGAAGAAGCGAAAAGUUAGAAAAUUAAAAUUUGAUAUUGAACGUGAACGCGAUGUUGAAAAUAAGAAAGAGGACAAAGAACCACCCGUAAUUGAUCCUGAAAAAGCAGAAUGGACCGAAGGAUGUAAGAGAGUUGGUGCAAUUGGUGUAAAAUUGGGAAUGAUGCCCCUGUGGCUGAAGAAUGGCAAAGUUCCAGUAACAUUAGUUCAGAUAAAGGACUGUCAGGUUUUGGUGACCAGGUUGUCUCGGACAUGUGGUGGUAAUGACGAUGAGACUGCCUUGGAGGUUGGAGCUGUGAACGAGCAAGAUCUUGCAAAGAUUGAUAAAGCUGAAUUUGGAAAAUUUCUAAAGCAUGGUGUUGUACCAAAACAAAAGGUAGCUAGUUUUCCUGUUAGCAAAAGUGGCCUCUUACAUCCAGGCACUGAAAUACUUGCUGGUCAUUUCUAUCCCGGUCAGAUUGUCACCAUACAAGGGAAAACGAAGGACAAGGGAUUUCAAGGAGUUAUGAAGAGGUGGGGGAUGAAAGGUCAACCAGCUUCUCAUGGACAAACUAAAACACACAGAAAAAUGGGUGCUACUGGGGGUGGAGGGACUCCUGGCCGAAUUUGGCCUGGUAAAAGGAUGCCAGGUCAUAUGGGAAAUAAGAAUAGAAGUGUUUUUGGAGUAAAGAUCUAUCGCAUCAAUACCAAGUAUAAUGUAUUGUAUGUUCAUGGUCAAAUUCCCGGUGGAAAUGGUGAUAUUGUAAAGGUAAAGGAUGAUGUCUCCAAGCAUCAUAAACCCCCACCUUACCCCACAUAUUUGCCCCAUAUUCAUGGACCUUUACCUGAAGAGCUUGUAGAUGAUAGUGUUCAUGACUUUGCAAAUGAUUCAAUUAGUUUUAGCAAAUAGAUGGAACUCGAAAACACUGCAAUACAUAUAUUAAAACAUA